UCCUUAUAAGGCAUUUAGGCUCGGACUUACGUACUUAGUGUUGAGAAUUUACCGUAACUUUUAAUGACCCCAGUUAUGAUUCAGCUAAAAUAAUAGCGUUUGACACAUUUCCGCCACUGUUUUAUAUAAAAAUCAACAUCUAAAACAUUGGCUUUCAUUAUUCUGCGAGUGACAGAAAGUUUUAACUUGAUUUAGUUUCAAAUGGAUGUUAUUGUUUAUAUAUAUGUUGGACUGUUGGCGGGUUUUCUGCCGUCUGCUUUGUCAAAGAACUACGACUGUGAACUGCCCAGCAAAAACUGUCCGGCAAAAACUCAGGAAUAUCUAGAAUUCUAUGGCUACCUUGAUCCAGAGAAGCCGUGUAUAAGGGAAGACAUCGUGGCAGCCCUAACGAAAUUCCAGGAGUUAAAUAUUGACUUUAUGGGAUUAAAUGUUACUGGUGAAUGUGACAAUAUCACCGUUCUCGUAAUGAACCAGCCAAGGUGUGGUUGCGAAGAUAUUGUCAAAUUUGAUAUGAAAAAGAUGAUGCCACAAAAUUUUAUCGGCCCUCAGGAGUUUCGUCUUGGAAACACCAAGUGGCGAAAGAAAGAGCUUACGUGGAGUGUGCUGAAAUAUCCUCGGAAUCCUCAAACAACCUCCAAGAUGUCAAAUUCUGAUGUAGAUGACGCAAUGCGAAGAGCGCUUGAUAUUUGGGCAAAAGUCACAACAUUGUCUUUCCGUCAGUUGACAAACGACAGAAACGCUGAUAUCACGAUCAAGUUUGAGGUUCGUAGGCAUACAUCCACUGGGCCAUAUUAUGAUUUUGACGGACCAGGCAAUGUCCUGGCACACGCUUUCUUUCCAGAAUCCGGAAUCGUUCAUUUUGAUGACGACGAACAUUUUGUUCUAAAUAAUAACGAAGGAACAGAACUGUUUAUUGUGGCGGCGCACGAAUUCGGACAUACUCUAGGUAUUUCCCACUCUAACAUCAAGGACGCCUUAAUGGCACCCUAUUAUCGUUAUUCAAAGUCAUUGCAACUUCAUACAGACGACAUUGGCGCUGUUCAAACUCUUUAUGGUCCAUCAGAUAAAAACAGACCGGCUACAACAUCAAGGCCGACUAAUCCACCAACACCUAGGCCAACACCUAAACCCACAGUGCCUCACACGGUUCCGGCUUACUGCAAUAUGCAGAUAAAGGCGUCAUUUAGUAUAAAUCAAAACACCUACGUGUUUACACGAGAAAACGUUGGCUACAUGCGCACGAAAACAUUUGUCUACAAAGUUACACGAGACGGUCUGCAACCAACAAGUAGAAAACCGAUCGAAGAUAUGUUUAUCAAAACCGGAAGCCGUCGAUACCCUAGGGCACAUCCGUACAGGGUGGAUGCUGCGGCAUACAUUCCUCACAAACGAUAUAUUUUCUUGUUUAGUGGCACACGUGCAUACCGCUAUUCCAUUAGACGAGAAGACUACCGGUCUGAGGGUCCUUUCGUACUUGAUGAAAGGCAAGGAUUUCCAAAGUGGAUGGAUGUAACCGAAUUUCCGGAAAGACCACGAGCGGCAGUUGCCAUGCCCUAUUCAAACUACAAUUCCUACUACAUGCUUAUUUUCGGUACAACAAUGGUCUGGGACUGGAACUUCUACAGUGAGCGCGUUGGUGCCUGGGCCUAUCCAAUUGACGUAUUCGGUCGCAACAUGCCACAACGAGUUGACGGCGCAUAUUUAGAGAAUGACAAAAGAAAUGUAAUUUUCUUCAAGAAUCAUAAAUUCUACAAAUUUGAGGUUCGAAGACGACGUGUUGUGGACACGAACGUUAUGGACGUGAAGCGCGAUUUCUUCAAAGGACGUUGUGCGUAACACUAUUUGAUAACCAGUUGAGCCUACCGUAUAUAAGAUAUAUAAGACUGUUUACAUCAAAUAUAUGCAGUGAGACGUUGUCAAAAAUAUAACUCCAUGCCGUUAGUAAGUAUGAUAAAAUUAUUCAUAAUGAUAUGACAGUAAAUUGUUUCGUUUGCACUUCAAUAUUUGAUUAUCUUGUGAAAAGAUCUAGACAACAGCCAACAGUGUACAUCUGUUCAUAUUUAUUAUAUGUGUGUUGGGGGGGGGUGGGGGGGGAAUUCACAUUUCAUUACCCCACAGGCUCAGAUUUAGACAAAACGGGCUUGCUGCUUUGAGUGAUUGCUUUCUGUGCUUUCAAAGGGUGUUCUUAUAGACAUUUUUUUAUUUAUCAGGUAAAUGUCUUCAUAUGAGUAGCAGCAACAUCUGAUAAGGUUUUCAUGUCAGUUAGUACUGAAAGAAAAAAAAAUGCAUGAUAAAAAAGCAAUCAUAAACAGAUGAAGUAACGUGAAUAUAUACAUUUAUCACAUGGCUCCUUAUAUAUUUGGAAAGCUAUUGAUAUUGUCAUGUCGUAAUGAUAUUAACAUGCAAUGCAUUCUUAACCUUCUUCGCAUUACAAUUCAGAUCGUAUGUACAUUUUGUGCACUGCCCUCCCAUAGACUAUGUAUUGUAUGUCUCAAUGUUGAAAAUAAACUAUCAAGCUAUAUUACUCAC